CAGAAGUUGGAUGGUUUUACAAAUAUACUAAAUACUAUUAUUGUUCAAUCAUAAAGCCAAUCAUGUAUUGCUAUUGCAGUUUCCAAUUCCUUUAUUCACCUAAAACAAAAACACACUAGUUUCAAUAUAACCAAUUUUAGGUCUAACCCAAUUCAUACGGUCCUUACAAAGAAAGUAUUAAUCAUUUAUUAUCUGUAAAAAAUGAAAUAAAUGAUAAAACCCAUGAUAUUGAUUCAUAUAUCCUAGAAGAGCUGAAUGAUUUCAUUAGUUUAGAUGAGAAUCUUACUAUUGUGUUAUUGUUUCAUAGUUUCAAAAACCUUUGUGUGUUUUCAUUUUAACAGAACAACGUUAUCAAAAGGAAGAAUCAUGGAUGUCGAUUCCCAACCAACAAUGGAGGAAACGGUUCUUGUUGGAGAUGAUCUGAUGUUAGGACCACCAUCACCACUCAUUCCACCUGAAAUUGCUUCACAUGUCCUUGAAGGUGUUAAUUUGUGUGAUGGGAUUUUGAGAAACCUUUUUUUGUGUCUGCAAGUUAAUGAUAUAGAGCCAUUUUGUCAAGAAGAGAUCGCUUUGUAUCGAGAGUGUGCAGAAAAAAGGGAUAAGGAACUAAGAAAACGUCUUCAAGAUAGCGAGUAUAGAUUAGGGUUAUCAAUGCCCUUAGAUCAAGCAAAAGAAAGAGCUUCUCAACUAGAGUCCGAAACCACAACUUUAGAGAGGCGAUUGAUUCUUGCAAGUGGGAUGGAAGGAGCAGAAGGGUUUCGCCAAAGAUGGAGUUUACAUGGUCGUCUUACAGAUACCAAGAAAAGAAUGGAGGCAUUAAAGGAAGGACUUGAAAAUAGGAAAAAAGACGAUGAACCAGUUGCAGUGAGUGUUAAAGGUUCAACAGGAAAAAGAUGGUUGUUUUGGUGAAAGUAGGAAAGACUAUUAUUUGAUUACCUAACCCAAAAUAAUUUAAAAAAACAAAACAUGUUUAUUUUUAUUCAAAUAUUAAAUGGUGUAUGGGUAAAAUGUUGGUUGAAUGAUUAAAUAAACUUUUUUUUUUCUGGAGCAGGUU